AGAGAAAAACAGAAAUAGGUUCAGCUCGUUAGCUGAGAAAGUGGGAGUCCAGGGAUGGAGAAGCAGUGCAAGCAUUCAUGCGACAGCGCACCUGAAACCUUGGAAUGGAUCAAAGCCAUUGUAGAUUUCGUUAAACCUUACUCUUUCUUAAUCAAUGCUCACGUUGUCAAUUUCUUCAAGGAUAGGCUAUGGGAAGCUGUUGACAAGGAAUGGAUUGAAUGUCUUAGUAAAGAAGCUGUGGAAAAUCUUCUCCUCAUUCCUUCUGGAGUUGUCCAAGAUCAUUGGCCUACUUCGCUUAAGGACUUCAUUCUUACUUUGAAAUCUCUUGUUUUUCCUCGAGAACAAGCUGACUUGGGAAAGGUAUUUCCUGGCUUUCACACAACAUCACUGACUAGUGUUCUUGCUCAAGGGAUGAAUCUCAAGAAGAAACAUGAGGUAGAAGUUCUUUCUGCCAUUGUUAGUUCUAUUGCCAGUACCAUGACAGCUGAUGCAGUAAUUGAUGUUGGUGCUGGUCAGGGUUAUCUUGCACAAGUCCUUGCCUUUGAGUACCAUCAUUCUGUAGUUGCGAUAGAUGCUUGUUCUCAUCAUGGAAAGGUCACAGAUGCACGUGCAAAGCGAAUCAAGAAGCAUUACACAGCUCAGAUGCGGAAAUAUGGAUCAGGGAACAAAAAAUUAAAUGUGCCCCAGACAAUUACGUGUCGCAUAAUGUCCCUGGAAACAUUGAAGGCCUUGACCACCUUGUUGCCACAUAAAGGUGAUGUUGAGCAGAUUGAGCAAGACCUUGAAAAAUUUGGUUUGACAGGAAAUAGGAGUUCAUUGGUUCUGGCUGGACUUCAUGCUUGCGGAGAUCUUUCAGUAACAAUGCUAAAGACCCUUUUAGAGUGUGAAGAAGUUAGAGCAGUUAUUAGCAUUGGCUGUUGCUACAACUUACUAUCUGAAGAAGGGUUUGAAAAUGCUGGCAUUCAGUAUGGUUUUCCAAUGAGUUGUGGUGUUAAAACUGUUAGUUUCUCACUUGGAAAAAGUUCUCGUGAUCUUGCUUGUCAGAGUGCAGAAAGAUGGAAAGGUUUAGGAAAGGAUGCUGGUCUCCACAAUUUUGAGCUGCAUGCUUUCCGUGCUGCUUUCCAAAUGGUUCUUCAUAAAUAUUACCCUGAAGUUGUAAUAGCAAGUCCUUCAAUUGGCCGCCAAGGGAAGGCUCUACGCCGCAAGCAGCAAAGGAGGAGGAUGGAGUCUGAACUGCACGAUGAAGAAAGUACUUAUUCGUCUCCACCUCAGAGGCCUUCAAAUAUGGGUGAGGCUUGCUCUGUCAAACAGAGUGGAGAAUCUGGAGCAGUUGACAGUUCAGGCAUAAGGUUGGAUGUGGAUGCCUUAUUCAAUAAAAUGUCCUUACAUACCAGUAGCAGAUGUGAAGAGACAAUUCCUGAUGAUAAGUAUUCACUUUUUGAGAAACUUUGCCAGUCUGGAUUAUGUCGUCUUGGGCUUAAACCUUCGGAUGAUAUAAAUUUUCGUGGCAUUUGGAAGGAAGUUGAGCCCUAUGUUGAUCUUAUCGAAGUUUACUGGUCUCUUCGUGCUGCUUUUGGGCCUCUCUUGGAAACUUUUAUUCUUCUGGAUCGAUUAUUGUUCCUCCAGGAGCAAGCUGGUAACUUGGAAGCAGUAAUGUUACCUAUUUUUGAUCCAGCAUUAUCCCCUAGAAAUGUUGCCAUAAUUGCUAAAAAGCUGGAUACAAGUGUGGCAUCAUAAUAUAAGAUAAGGUAAUGGUUGCAUGCCAAAGUUGUGUUAUAGGUUGUAUCUGACUUGUUUUGGCUUCAUUUGCUUUCUGAUUCAGCUUUCUUUUUUCUUGAUUGACUGUGAUUUACUUUAUACAAUUCCCUAAAUUUCUCUUCUAUGAAAUCAAAGUUUACUGUUGUUUAGAACUGUA